AUGGACUCAGACGACUACUUUGACGACGACAUUGAUGCCUCUGUUCUGGCCGCCGUGGACGCUAUCGAGGCUGCUUAUACCGCUAAGGCUGCUGCGGCAGCCCGUCCUCCUGCACCCCAGACUGCCCACAAGGCCUCCUUCAAGCCUGCUUUUGCGCCGAAACUUGCGCCACCCCGAGGCAACAGCUUGGAACCUGUCCCAGCAUCCUUGACAAGUCCGCCGCGUAAAACGACGCCUCCAGACGUGAUUGAACUCGACGGCUCUAGUAGUGACUACGGUUUCGAUGACAUGCCUAUGGACGAAGCCGCCCUUGCAAGCAUAGAUAGAGCCGUCGAGAUUGGAUACGCCCGUUAUGGCGGUCCUCCCCCAAAUCAGCCUAUUGCAGGACCCUCUAGAGCCCGCGGUCUCGACCCCGUAUCUUCCAAGACUACACAAAUGAAUCUAUUUGGAGAAGUCGCUCGCGAAGGGGAACCUCCGAAGGCUGCAGCACCGAGCCAUAGGACGUUUGAGCGGACUCGGUCGAAGCUGCGGCAGAUGCCACUUCCAGGACAGACCAAGAAGUGGGACCGGACCGCAUAUGCGAAGUCGGGCUGGAGGAAACCCAAGCCAGACCCGGAGAAGGGGAAGGGGAAGGGCCGUGGCAUGGAUGACGAGGACGACGAAGAGCCGAUCGAGUUUGAGCAGUUUCCAGCUCCAGCAAUAUCCGUCGGUCCGACACCCACGAUAAAACUUGUCCCGGAUCGGUUAGCUGCGAAGUCCUGGAUAUAUCCCCUCAACAAGCCGAAGCGCGAGUAUCAGUACAACAUCGUGAAGAACUGUCUCCUCGAGAAUACUUUGGUUGCGCUUCCAACUGGUCUCGGGAAAACGUUCAUCGCCGGAGUUGUUAUGCUCAACUGGGUUACGGCCAAAUGGCGCAGCGGCAAACCAGAGGUGGUCCAGGAGAUCGUCGACGCCUUACACAUCAGCCACAUCGAAAUCCGCAGCGAGACUGACCCCGACCUCAAGAAGUACCUCCACACCAAGCACGAGCAAGAGCACUUCGUUCAGAUGACAGAAGACAUUUGUGUACUCCGAGAUGCACUCUCGGCUAUGAUGGUGCCUCUCAUCAAGAAGAUUCAGGGUGCUGGGUUCUUGAAGAACGGGAACACGCAACCCACGAUGCUGCACCCAUAUCGAUGCCAGUCGACACUUGGAGAGAUGACGAAAGCUCGUGCUCCUCAGUAUGCCAUAGGUGCCGUCGCUCAACUAGGUCCAUUAGCGAGAGCAAUGGGAUAUUUGAUGGAAAUGAGCAUCAACAUGUGUUACGGCUUCCUGAAGGGCAUCGCCGAGGGUGCCGACGACAGCAGUGGGAAGAAAGCCAUCCGGAAGUCCGACGCCCUCAAGAGCCUCAUGGCCAAGUUUGAAGAACAAGCCGCCCGUGGCUUCUCGAUGCACCCGAAGAUGGAUGUCUUGCGCACCCUGCUGAUUGAUCACUUCAAUCAGUCAUCACCUGACGACGCCGAUGGAGGUGCGCGAGCCAGCGAAUCUCGCGCGAUGGUGUUUGUGUCCUUUCGUGAGUGCGUCGAGGAAAUCGUUGAGCUCCUGAACAAGGAGUCUCCGAUCAUCCGAGCCAAGCCGUUCAUCGGACAAGGGAAGGACAAGCAGGGCAAGAAGGGGUACGCCCAGAAGGAGCAACUCGAGGUCAUCGAGCAGUUCAAGGCCGGCAAAUACAAUGUCCUUGUCUCAACUUCAAUCGGCGAGGAAGGUCUCGACAUCGGCGAAGUCGACCUCAUCGUUUGUUACGAUGCACAGAAGACACCUAUUCGCAUGUUACAACGUAUCGGACGAACGGGCCGUAAGGCGUCCGGCACGGUGCACAUCCUCCUCGCGCAAGGUCGAGAAGAGCAGAAUUGGCAAAAGGCGCAGUCUAGCUACGCCAAUGUCCAGCACUUCAUCGUACGCGCGUCAGACCUCAAGGUCUAUGGGGACGUCGACCGACUCCUUCCCCCCGACAUUGAGCCCGAAUGCAGGGAGAUGGAGAUGGAGAUUGAGCCAUACAUCCGCGAGGAGCGCCCGUCCCGCAAGGGCUCCAAUGCGACCGGUCUCGACAUCGGCGAAGUCGACCUCAUCGUUUGUUACGAUGCACAGAAGACACCUAUUCGCAUGUUACAACGUAUCGGACGAACGGGCCGUAAGGCGUCCGGCACGGUGCACAUCCUCCUCGCGCAAGGUCGAGAAGAGCAGAAUUGGCAAAAGGCGCAGUCUAGCUACGCCAAUGUCCAGCACUUCAUCGUACGCGCGUCAGACCUCAAGGUCUAUGGGGACGUCGACCGACUCCUUCCCCCCGACAUUGAGCCCGAAUGCAGGGAGAUGGAGAUGGAGAUUGAGCCAUACAUCCGCGAGGAGCGCCCGUCCCGCAAGGGCUCCAAUGCGACCGGUUCGCCAAAGGGCCCGAAGCGGAAGCGCAACGAUGACCCUAUGCAUAACAUUCCGACGGCGGCGGCGAAGGGCUUCGUUGGCGUGGCCGAGCUGCUCACAAAGGGAAGUGCCACCCGCAAGAAGGCAACCCAGAAGCCGGGCAGGGUGGAUUGGGAGCAUGCGGACGAGGAUGACUCUGAUGAUGAGGAUAUCGAGGCCGGUCUCUUCGCGCAGCCUCGGAGGGUGAAGUCGACGUCUGCCGCGGACUCGUCUAAGGGCAAAAUGAAGAAAGGCCUUGCUCGGAGUGCGACGGCGGCAGGGCCUAGGAAGAAACCACCAGGGCCGAAGAAGAGCGCGAAGCAGACGACGCUGACACAGUUGGAUCUCGUCUCCAGUGACGACACGGACGAUGAGGCGAUCGACUCCGCAGCACCUGGUCCUUCACAACCGAUGGCCCCCGCUGGUUCAUUUUCCGAUGAGCCUCUCUUCCUGUCGUCUCCUGAGCGUGAGAUGUCACCGCUCAGACUACCGUCUGAUGACUACGAGGUUGAAUUCGUAGACGAGCCCCAUCCGAAACCAUCUACACGUCCAUCAGCCAACAACUCCGUCUCAUCCCCGAGAAGGUCGAUAACGACUCGCAAGUCGGACAUGGGGCCUCCCGCGCUGGCGUCCAACCUUGUACCUACCUCUCCAUCACUAUCCGACGACUUGCCACCCGAGCCGUCUUUCGCUGUCAGACCUCUGGGCAAGCAAGCACGCAGAGGAGUGACAGGAGACGUUCUUGACCUAGCAUCCUCUCCUCUUGCGCCUCCUCCGCUAUCCCAACGUCGCUUGAAAUAUGAGUGUCCCAAGUCACCCACCCCUCCGCCCGCUCAGCCGCCCAGGAAGAAGCGCAAAUUCAAAGACACUGCAGAAGCGUGGCGACACAACCCCUGGAUCGACGUUGAGGCAACCCACUCGGGCGACGAAAUGAGCGUCGGGUCCUCACAGCCCGACCUCGACUAUAUCGUCCCUGACAGCGACGAUCACGCGUUCCUAGAGGAGCCAGCAGAAACGCAAGCGUCCCCGUCUUACGACCAAAGCGCCAUCUACCGUCGGAGCCUCAUGACGCAGGCUCCGGGAGGUGGCGGGCCCGUUUUUGCGAACAGACCCGCUAGACCCGGCCAGGCGGCGCUGAGACUAGAUCGCGGUGGGACGUCGAGAUAUCGGCGCGCAGUGACUCCGCCGUUACGAGGCGAUGAGGACGAAUACGAGCGUGACAGCUUCGUAGUCGACGAUGAUGCAGAGAUUGCCUACGCGCAGGCACCUUCGAGCGAUUUGUGA